GGCUUUGCGGGACGAGCCCGCCGCCAGCGGAGGCCUUUUGGACUCUGCCGUUUACCGUAGACAGAGAGCUGCCCUUCCGGUCCCCGGCAAGGAGGCGGCGGCGGUAUCGGGAAGUCGCACCCGUAGCGAGCGGCGCUUUUGGCGUUUUUUGUUUUGGUUUUUUUUUUGUGUGUGUGUGUUUGGAGCUUUCCCCCCCCCCCCCUUCCUCACCGGCUCGGUCGGAAGCAGGGGAAGGCCAUGGCGGCUGCCCCCGGCGUCGCGCCGUGCCGGUUCGUAGUGGUGGGCGGAGGGAUCGCGGGGGUCACCUGCGCAGAGAAGCUGGCCACGGAUUUCCCAUCAGAAGACAUUUUUUUAAUGACAGCUUCUCCAGUUAUAAAAGCUGUAACAAAUUUCAGACAGGUCUCCAAAACACUUGAAGAAUUUGAUGUAGAAGAGCAGCCAAGUUCUCUGUUAGAAAACCGAUAUCCCAAUAUUAAAGUUAUACAGUCUGCAGUAAAGCAAUUGAAAAGUGAUGAACAUAAAAUUUUGACAGAAGAUGGGAAAGAAUAUAGGUAUGGAAAACUUUGCCUGUGUGCUGGAGCAAAACCAAAAUUAAUUUUUGAAGGAAAUCCGUAUGUAUUAGGAAUCAGAGAUACUGACAGCGCACAGGCUUUUCAGAAGAAUUUGGCUCAAGCUGAGAGAAUAGUAGUGGUAGGAAAUGGUGGGAUUGCACUUGAAUUAGUGUAUGAAAUUCAAGGCUGUGAAGUAAUCUGGGCUAUCAAAGACAAAGCCAUUGGGAAUACUUUUUUUGAUGCAGGAGCAGCUGAAUUUCUCAUUCCAAAGCUAACUGCUGAAGAAGGAGAAACGCCAAUUCAGUGCAAAAGAACCAAGUACACAAUGGAAGGAAGUGAGGGAAAAGAAAGACACACAACAGCACCUGACAAAAUGGGCAGUGCCUUAGGCCCUGACUGGCAUGAGGGCUUACAACUUAAAGGGACUAAAGAGUUUUCUCAUAAAGUACAUAUUGAAAUACUAUGUGAAGUAAAGAAAAUACACUUACAGCAAGAAUUUAUACAACUGCAACGGACUUCUUUGACUUUUCCUAAAGAAGAGAAAAAUGUAGAACCAGAUCAGGUGCUGUGGCCUGUAUAUGUGGAAUUAACUAAUGGAAAAAUAUAUGGAUGCAAUUUCAUCGUCAGUGCAACUGGAGUUGUGCCAAAUGUUAAACCAUUUCUUGAUGGCAAUAACUUUGCUCUAGGUGAAGAUGGAGGUCUGGCAGUUGAUAAGCAUAUGCACACAUCCCUACCAGAUAUUUAUGCAGCUGGGGAUAUCUGCACAGCAUCGUGGGAACCUAGUCCUGUGUGGCAUCAGAUGAGACUGUGGACUCAGGCGAGGCAGAUGGGAUGGUAUGCAGCAAAAUGCAUGGCAGCAGAUACUUUAGGGGAAUCUAUUGAUCUGGAUUUCAGCUUUGAACUAUUUGCUCAUGUUACAAAGUUUUUCAAUUACAAGGUGGUGGUUUUGGGAAAAUACAAUGCUCAAGGCUUGGGUUUAGACCAUGAACUGAUGCUGAGAUGUACCAAGGGCCAAGAGUAUGUUAAAGUGGUGAUGCAGAAUGGCCGAAUGAUGGGAGCUGUGCUGAUUGGUGAAACAGACUUGGAAGAAACCUUUGAAAACUUAAUUUUAAAUCAAAUGGAUCUUUCAGCCUAUGGUGAAGAUCUGCUGAAUCCAGACAUUGAUAUAGAGGAUUAUUUUGAUUGA